CACAACGCCUCCUGACGCUGCGCGAGAUUUCCGCGGAAACCAAGAUGGCGUCUUCCUGAGGCUGCAUGUGGCUCCGUGGACCUGAAGCCCUGCCUGGCGUUAAAUUAACGGAUUAAAUCUGAACAGUAACCGCCACUGAGUCUCCGAGGAGCUCCGACAGGAAGUCAGGAUGCAGCACGACGACGUCAUCUGGAACAUCAUCGGGAACAAGCAGUUCUGCUCCUAUAAAGUCAAAACCAAAGGUCAGAACUUCUGCAGGAACGAGUUCAACCUGACCGGCUUGUGUAACCGCUCGGCGUGUCCUCUGGCCAACAGUCAGUACGCCACCAUCAGGGAGGAGAAAGGUCAGUGUUUCCUCUACAUGAAGGUGAUCGAGAGAGCAGCGUUUCCUGCCAGGAUGUGGGAGAAGGUGAAGCUGAGCAGGAACUAUGAGAAAGCUCUGGAGCAGAUCGAUGAGAACCUGAUCUACUGGCCUCGCUUCAUCCGCCACAAAUGCAAGCAGAGGUUCACCAAAAUCACCCAGUACCUGAUCCGAAUGCGCAAGCUGGUUCUGAAGAGACAGAGGAAGUUGGUUCCGCUGAGCAGGAAGGUGGAGAGCCGAGAGAAGCGGAAGGAGGAGAAGGCUCUGAUCGCGGCGCAGCUGGACAACGCCAUCGAGAAGGAGCUGCUGGAGAGGCUGAAGCAGGGAACGUACGGAGACAUCUACAACUUCCCGGCGUACGCCUUCGACCGAGCGCUGGAGCAGCAGGACGCCGAGAGCGAGUCGGACUCUGAGGAGGAAGAGGAGGAGGAGGACGAGGACGUCGGCCAGAGGGAGUUCGUGGCGGAGGAGGAAGUGGACGAGAGCGACCUGAGCGACUUCGAGGACAUGAACCGGCUGAAGACGAGCAGCGACGAAGAGGAGCAGGACCAAUCCAGCGAGGAAGAGGAUGAGGAGGAGGAGAUAGAGGUCCAGACGAAGGCCUCCAAGUCAAAGGGCAAAUCUCCGGCCAACGGAUCGGCGCCGAGGAAGAAGCGAGCGUACGUGGAGAUCGAGUACGAGACAGAACCCGCCUCCAAGAGCAGAACCACGUAGAGCCACAGCGCCGAACCAGGACUGCUAGCCACGCCCCCUCUGUUGCCAUGACUACACUCUGAGUAAAGCCGCCGGAGCGAGCGGAGCCGUGAGCCCAAUUCUAAACCCGGACCGGACCGACCCAGAGUGACUUUCACACAGAACUCUCAAACUGCCUCUCUGUGGACCUGAAAUAAAAAAACUGUUUUCUGUUUUUUUAAAUAAAUUGUUUUUGGUCUUAAAUAAAAA